AGGCUAAGGAAACGAGAGUGUUUUAUUUGCCUGUCAGCUCAACCCUGCAAUAAAAAGUUAAGCAACAAGCACCAUCUUUCAACGAGCGUUACUCAAUCGCAUAACGAGGCGAUGAAAUCCGCAGAUCUGGCACGCCGCGGAAGCGACCUUGAAGGCUCAUCUCCCACGCGUGACACGGUCCUUCCUCAAGUUGGUGCCCUCCGGAUACCUUGGACUUCCCCUCCCAUCAUCCUCGGCUGGGAAACCUUUACCUGAGAAGGGGCGAGAACCGAACGGCCACCGGCACCAGGACAUCCCCCCCCCCUUCGCCUCCGCAGCCCGGGAGCCAGGCAAAAGUCACCCGAAGCGUCGUCGCCCGCGCUGGCCUAGCCUGCCUGCGUCGGAGCUGCGGUGAGAAAAAAGGAUCCGGUUUUCCCAGGCUGGCGGUGCUGAGUGCCGUUACUCGCCAAGAGCCAAAAGGCCACCAGCCGUCCGUGCGCAGGACGGAGAGAUCGGCCACCCUUGAGUACGAGCGCAACUUUUCAGGUUGUUCGCGCGCGUGCGUUGCGUGCAGGAUGGCAGGCUGUUCGCGUGUGUGUCCGUUUGCGCGUUGCGUGCAAAAUUUCGGCAUGCGCCACGUGCCACCACCUUCGCCUCGGGCCGCAUCUCGCCGUCUCCCGCUCUGCAGUGCAGGCCGACGGCCGGCAGGUGUCGCCGCCGAGCCUGCUUUAUAUAUAUAUUAAAAAAAAGCCAGGUUGCUGCGCUUUGCAAGCACCGCGCUCUCGGCAGAGGCGGUUAUAAACUCCGCUUGGAUCUCAUUCCCGCCCUGGAUCGCCCUUUCUCUGGAGCUCUCUGAGACAGCCGCCCCCUCGCCCCGCGCGCUCUGCGGUACUUCUCUAAAGGUCGCUUGCAGGGGCGGACGGGCGGGCAGCGCUGCCUCCCGGCGGAUCCUCAGCGCAGCUUUUCCAUCUUCUGCUCCUGGAUCCCCGGGAAAGAAGGACGCUCAGCAAGUAACCGGGCUGUCCGAGACGUCUGUCGAGGUGAGAGCCGAGAAAGAGCCCGAAGUAGGGGGUGGAUUUCCAAGCUCAGCCGUCGGGACUUGGCCGGGUGUUGGAGAAACGCAAACGCGAGUUGGAGAGGGAAAGCAGAAUACUGGAGUGGAAGUAAUUCCAGAGGUGGUCUCUACAAAGGCUAUACGGCAGGCCAGAGGACAGAUUUCAGUUGGAGUCCGGAAUAUUACAAACCUCCCUGUGAGACUGAGAGAUCACAUGUUGUUGGGACAGCCCUGCCUGGAAAACAUGAUGAUACGACGAGGCUGAAAGCUGGGCUGGGAAAAUCAUCCUUUGCAUCAGAUCGGACACAACAGUGACGUGGCCACCAGCCUGCGGUGUGUCCCCUGGCCAUGGCUAAGAGUGCAGAGGUAAAACUGGCCAUCUUUGGCCGAGCUGGGGUAGGAAAGUCAGCUCUCGUUGUACGUUUUCUGACCAAACGAUUCAUAUGGGAGUAUGACCCCACUCUUGAGUCCACUUAUCGUCAUCAAGCCACCAUUGAUGAUGAAGUUGUUUCCAUGGAAAUACUAGAUACAGCUGGGCAGGAGGAUGUUAUUCAGAAGGAAGGACACGUACGAUGGGGUGAAGGAUUUGUGCUGGUGUAUGACAUCACAGAUAGAGGCAGCUUUGAAGAAGUCCUUCCCCUAAAGAACUUGUUGGAUGAAGUCAAAAAACCCAAGAACGUUACUUUGAUCCUAGUGGGGAACAAAGCAGACUUGGACCACUCCAGGCAGGUCAGCACUGAAGAAGGGGAGAAGCUGGCCACUGAACUAGCUUGUGCCUUUUAUGAAUGCUCUGCAUGUACAGGAGAAGGCAACAUUAUGGAAGCUUUUUAUGAGCUUUGCCGGGAAGUGCGACGUCGAAAAAUGGUUCAAGGCAAGACUCGGAGGCGAAGUUCCACUACUCAUGUGAAACAAGCAAUUAACAAGAUGCUUACCAAAAUUAGCAGCUAAGAUAUCUUCUUUUUUCCUUUCAAAAGAAGUACAUUUUGCAGGAAGAGGGAACAGAAGGCUUAACUGUGUUUGUCAAUAGGAUGGUCAAAGCUUUGCGUUAUUAUUAUACAAUCACCUCAUUAUUCUUGAAGUUAAGAGAUGCAAAAAAAAAGUUUCAGGAAUGGUAACACAUGCUCUACUCCAAUUUUGUUGAUCACCAUCUCAUAUCUUCAAAAAAAGAUAUGUCAAAGAUGUGUCAGAAUGGAUUCAGGAAUUUACCCACCACAGAUGGUUUUGCAUGCUCACAUGUGGCUAAUACAUGGUGACAUUUAUCAUUGUCUAAUACAUUAGACAUUUAUCAUUGUCUAAAAGUAGACUAUCAAAGCUUUAUGGGGUGCAAUAGCUGACUAACUCUGGUAAGUGCACUACCCAUUCACUCCAUAAUCCCUGGUCAUGAGACAUCCAAAGAAAGCUGCCACACAACUUCAUCUAGUUCAAACAUCCAGGCAAGGAAAAACAUGUUAAUGAUGGCUGUGUGAAUCAGUAAAUUACAGUUUCACUUAAUUUUGCCUUUUUUUAAACCUUACAUUCAUUUCCUUCUACACCUGCAUUAAUUUGCAAUUUUAAAGAAAAUUUUUGCAUAAUUUCAGGCACAUUUUUGUAGAAAGUUUCCUUGAUAGAUAUAAUUUUAGAUGGCAUUUAUACAGUUUCUGUGCAAGCAAUUUUCCCCCCCCCCCAGUGAUAUUAUAAAUACUUGACAUGUGCUUUUCAGUUGCAAACUAUAGUAUAUUUGUAAGAAUGCAUUUGGGGAAGUAUGAAUUAUAUAAGUGCCAUCACUGUUUAGAGCACUGUUAAAAAACUGAACAUAAGUCCCAAUGAAGGCAAUAUUCUUUUGAUAGGUCUGUCUCCUCAUUCUGAACAUGUUUCAAAAAAAAUCCUAAAAUAUAAAUAUAUGUAUGAACAUGAAAUUAUGGUUUCUCUAGCAACAUUUCUCCAAAAGGAAAAUGUAACCAACUGGAUUUUUUCAGCAGUUUUGUAUACUUUAUGAUUCUCCCUACUAAGAUCCUGGCCGAGUUCACAUGGCACAUAUCCUUGGUUAACUUAACUAUGGAUUCAUUAAUUCCUAGAAAUUGAAAGGGGUCAUUGAUGUCAUUGGGCCUAUUUUACCUUAUCCAAAUGAAAGUAUGAUGGGUUAACGUUCUGCUUGAACACAUUGGGGAAAAAAAUUGCACUGUCUCUGUGGACAAGUAUAAACUUAAUUUGCUUUAUUAAUCCACUUUUCUGGGAUUGCUUGAUGUUAAACCACAAACUACACUGCCUCAGAAUUGCUAGCCUAACAUCUGCUGAAGUAGAUCACAAUCCAAUGUGUGCAUUCAACUGCAUUCUAUGUGAAUUCUAGUCAAGGUACAAAAUCUGUUUCACAGAACUGCAUUUUCAUUGGCUCUUCAAAUCUUUCUUUAUCCAUAAAAGUCCAUUGGUUUCCCUCUGGCUGUUUUUUUUCCCCUGCCUCAUUCCAGUGAAGCUUGCAAGAUUGCCAUAAGCUUGCAAGAGGUAACUGGUUGGAAAGCAAUUUUGAAACGUUGUAGGGAAAAAUGCAAGUGCUUUUAAUAAUUUGUGGGUUUCUUAUAGUCAGAUCUCCUUGUAUGCUGCAGCAAAAGAUUUCUAUUCCUCCUUUUGCCUCUUCCUUUUUUGCUCAUUCUUAUGUUUCUAAAUGAUGUGACACAAGGGUACUGUAGUGUAAAAAAAAAUAAUAACAGUCGUAGAUGCUUUUUGGGGGGGAGGGUUGAGGAUUCAGACAGUACAGAUGAGUGACAUUUGAACCAGUUCUAAGUAAAUACAAUCCAUUCUCUUUCAUUGAUUAGGCAUCACAUGAAUUGUGGCAGGCAGCCAAACAGGAAAUGACUUGGAAACCCCUGUUAUCUUUCAUUUGUGCUGUAAUGAUUAUUCUCCAUGUUAUUUUUCUUUUAUUGGUUUUGGGGAUGAGGGCUAAUGAGCAAGCAUUCGUUUCUUGAAUGCUUGGUGGGAAGGGAACCUAGGCAUUCCUCGCAGAAAAAUGUGAAGGCUUUGAGACUUACUUAAGCUUUGAACAAUGCAUCUUUAAAGGAAAACAUUUGUAAACUAGAGGGCUUGAACAGAACCAAAGUUCUUGGGCAUUUGGCAUAGCUGACUUUAUUUUUCCUUUAAAAUGUUAAUCUAUAAUAAAAGUGUGAUUUUAAAAAUU